AUGUAUAUAUCUCAUGCAAAUCAACAUUACUUCCGUGCUCCUACUAGACAGCCACGCAGAUACCGCACCAUCAGACGUGUUCCACUUAUCAAAGGAAAUUUAGUAUUGGAUUGCCCUGUAUCGAAUCGCUAUUUGGAAGCUGUUCCUAGAAGAGACAGAAAGGAAUUCACUCAUAUGCGAUACACGACUGUUACCGCUGAUCCUGCGGAUUUUGCUGGAAGUUAUCAUUUGCGACAGGAGCUGAUAGGUGAUCCACCUACUGAACUCUUUCUGUGCAUCACUAUGUAUAAUGAAGACGAGGUGCUAUUGUGCAGAACGUUACACGGUGUUAUGAAAAACAUUUCCCAUUUAUGUAACAGACACAGAUCACAGACAUGGGGGAUCGACAGUUGGCGAAAAGUGGUUGUAUGCAUCAUUGCUGAUGGUCGUGACCAUGUUCAUCCACGUGUUCUGGAUAUGUUGUCAGCCAUUGGAGUCUAUCAAGAAGGCAUAGCCAAAAAUAUUGUGAAUUCGAAACCAGUAGAAGCUCAUCUUUACGAGUUCACAACGCAAAUAUCGUUAAAUCCGCAUCUCCAGUUUAAAGGUGCUUUGGAUAAAAUUGUUCCGACGCAAAUCAUUUUUUGUCUCAAAGAGAGGAAUCAACGCAAAAUCAAUUCACACCGAUGGUUUUUCCAAGCUUUCUGUCCGUUGCUACGACCUAAUAUUUGCAUGUUACUUGAUGUGGGUACACGGCCAGGUCCCACCUCUAUCUAUAAACUAUGGCGAACGUUUCACGUGAAUCCUAACGUUGGUGGUGCAUGUGGUGAAAUCCGAGCCAUGACGGGUCGUGCAGGCUGGAAUUUGCUCAAUCCGCUGGUAGCUAGCCAAAAUUUUGAAUACAAGAUCUCCAACAUUCUCGAUAAACCUUUGGAAUCGAUGCUAGGCUACAUCCAGGUACUGCCGGGUGCAUUUAGUGCCUAUCGUUACAGCGCCCUUCUGAACGACGUGAAUGGGCACGGACCGCUACAAAAGUAUUUUCUCGGCGAAAAUUUGCAUGGCAGUGAAGCCGGUAUAUUUGAAGCAAACAUGUACCUGGCAGAGGAUCGUAUUCUAUGCUAUGAAUUAGUGGCAAAAAAACGAUCUAGUUGGGUGCUACAUUAUGUUGCUGGGGCUUAUGCGGAGACAGAUGUCCCUAGUACGGUUCCUGAAUUCAUUGCUCAGCGUCGUCGAUGGCUCAACGGCUCCAUGUUUUCGGCCAUGUAUGCAUUAUUCCACUGGGGCCACAUUCUCUCAACCGAUCACUCUGUCGCCCGCAAGUUCUGGUUGUUCAUAGAGCUUAUCUACCUCUCAUUUACAUGGAUUUACUCUUGGUUUGCCUUGGGCAACUUCUUUUUAUGCUUUUUCAUUCUGACCAGAUCGUUGUCUACGAUUGACAAUCCUCCAUUCUCUUCAGAAACGGCUUUUACUGUUCACACAGCUCUUACUUACGUUUAUAUCGUUCUGUUAAUUAUUCUGUCAUUGAUUGCAAUGGGCAAUCGGCCUCAGGGUUCGAAAGCCGCUUAUACAAUGAUCAUAUUUUUCUUUGCGCUACUGAUGAUCUACAUCAUAUUUGCAUCGAUUUGGCUAGCAUAUUCGGCGAUUCAUUCUGCCGUCGUGUCUUCGGAAGGCUCUGUGGUGUCUCUCCUAGGCAGUGGUCCUUUUCGAGACAUCAUCAUUUCCAUGGCGAGUACUUAUGCGGUGUUUCUUCUUUCCAGUUUAUUGUUUCUUGACCCGUGGCAUAUGAUCACAAGCUCGCUUCAGUAUCUUUUAUUGACACCCAGUUAUAUUAAUGUACUGAAUACAUACGCAUUCUGUAAUACGCACGACGUCAGCUGGGGUACAAAGAAUAUCAAUUUUGUUGCCAUUGAUCUUGGUAUUGUCGAAACCAAAAAAGGCCAGACGACGGCGGAAGUUGCUAUGCCUGAGCAAAAAGAUAUGAGAUUAUUGUACGAAGAAGCCUGUAGUCGUUUGCAACAGAAACCGGAAAAAGUCAAAUAUCAUCGUGAUCCACGCACAAAACAAGAAGACUAUUAUCGCGGUUUCCGUACACGUCUAGUAGUAUGCUGGAUCCUUAGCAAUAUCAUCUUGGCCGUCAUCAUUUCUACGGCUCAGAACAGGUCUUGGCUAGGCAACUUUGAACAGCGCACAAACGGUUAUAUGGCGUUUAUACUCUGGUCUGUCGCAGGCCUUGCGAUCUUUCGAUUUUUGGGAAGUCUAGUAUAUCGCAUUUCGACCGCAUUUUCUUUUUGA